GGCGAGCCUAGGGCGCCCGGGACCCCGCGUGGGGCUGGCUGCACCAGCCCCCCCCGCGCGGAGCGCGCCGCCUGGCCCGGGUCCAGAAAGGGGGGCCGAGGGGCGUCUGGAGAGGGCGGUGAGGGUGCCCACGGGCCGGGCGGCCCGGGGCCCCGGGGACCAUGGGCGUGCUCAGGGCCGGCCUUUGCCCGGGCCUCACCCAGGACAUGGUCCAGCUUCUGAGGAGCCACGGAAUCAAAACAGUGGCGGACCUGGUUUCCGCAGACCUGGAGGAGGUAGCCCAGAAAUGUGGCUUGUCUUAUAAGGCCCUGGUUGCCCUGAGGCGGGUGCUGUUGGCUCAGUUCUCAGCUUUCCCCUUCAAUGGCGCUGAUCUCUACGAGGAACUGAAGACCUCCACUGCCAUCCUGUCCACAGGCAUUGGAAGCCUAGACAAACUGCUCGAUGCUGGUCUCUACACCGGAGAAGUGACUGAAAUUGUGGGAGUCCCGGGUAGCGGCAAAACCCAGGUAUGUCUUUGUGUGGCUGCAAAUGUGGCCCAGGGCCUGCAGCAGAACGUCCUGUACGUUGAUGCCAACGGAGGGCUGACGGCCUCCCGCAUCCUCCAGCUGCUUCAGGCGAGAACCCCGGAUGAGGGGGAGCAGGCAGCAGCUCUCCGGAGAAUCCAGGUGGCGCGUGCCUUUGACGUCUUCCAGGUGUUGGAUGUGCUGCAGGACCUCCGAGGUGCUGUAGCCCAGCAGCUCCCACGGGACCAGUUUUCAGCUGCAAAUAAUAGAGUGUGGCUGCCAGACACUCACGCUUCGAGGACAUCUGAGGACCUCCGAUGUGUCUGGGGCUCGGCAGGGCCACAUCAUUGGGGCUCUAGGCUGGUGAGCGAUUCUUCAGGGAAUGUGAAGGUGGUCAUUGUGGACUCUGUCACCGCUGUGGUCUCCCCACUUCUGGGAGGUCAGCAGAGGGAAGGCUUGGCCUUGAUGAUGCAGCUGGCCCAAGAGCUGAAGACCCUGGCCCGGGACCUUGGCGUGGCAGUGGUGGUGACCAACCACAUGACCCGAGACAGGGACAGCGGGAAGCUCAGACCCGCGCUGGGCCGCUCCUGGAGCUUCGUGCCCAGCACGCGGGUGGUCCUGGCCGGCGGCGAAGGGGCAGGGGCACCAGGCAGUCGGCGCACCAUGUGUCUGACCAAGUCUCCCCGUCUGCCAACAGGUUUCCAGGAGACGGUGGACGUUGGGGCCUGGGGGACUCUGGAGCAGAGUCCAGCACAACAGGGACAGCAGAUGUGACUGUGCUCGGUUGGGAAGGAGAGAGACCUCAAGGCCCCUGGCUGUCCUGUGCAGGAACGCUUCUGUCCGCUGCUGUGUUGGGGCCCCCGGAAAAGCUCUCGGGCUGGGCGGGGAGACACCUCAGCUUCCUCAGCUUCUCUGUCUGUGGGAACACACGGAGCCCCGGUGAGAGAGGACGCCGUGGCGGAGAAACCCGGGAGUUCCUUCUGGGGCCAAGUUCUCUCCCCCAUUUCUACCAUGUGUCUUUGUGGUGGGAGCCCAGUGCACCCCGGCCUGGCGACUCCCCGAAAGAGUGCACCGUUGACAGGACAGAAGACCCUGCACGUCACCACCUACCUGCCCUCCAUCCUAACACGGGGUUGAACCACGGAGCUUGCCUUUGCUUCUCUCUCUCUCUCUUUUUUUUUUGCCUCUGUAAAAUGAGGCUGUCUUCCCCUUAGCUCUGUCUUUGAGUUCCUGAGUUGCGGUAACCUUGUAAAUGUAAAGCUCUUCUUCCACCUAUGUUCUGCUCUUAAAAAUGUCAGAAGGAAAUUCCCUGAGCCCCAGAUCCACCUAAUUUACCCCAGAAGGUUGUUUUUCAGUUCCCCCCAGUGGGGCCCCAGAGAACAGUUAUUUCUCUUUCACUUGCUGAUUUGGUUUCACACACCUGCCUGCAUUGCCAGGACUGGGCGAGUCUGGAGCUCCCUGCAGGCCCAGGGAGGUAAUCUAAGGAAGGGAGGGUGCGCCCUGCUCCUGGAGAAUCCAGCCACUCGUUUAAUAUGCACGGUGCCCCGUGGGGCCUCUCCACGGUAUAGAGUAACCAGAGGUGCUGAACCAUGGCCUUGCCCGUAAACAGACAGAGGAGAAUUUGCUCAGUAAAUAGAGCCAGCUGGGAAAAUUGAUGCUGGCAUACAUAAUACAUGGCAAAUCUAGUCUUCAUGCAGAAAUUCAUUGCCGGUGGCUCUGAGAGGCAAUGUAAUUACCCCUUUCUUCCUGCCAGCUGUACCACAGCCUCCCGCCUAGUGGAUGGAACAGCCCCCCUGUCUGUUACCAGCACUGUGGCCAUCCAUCUGCGAGCCGUAACCCUGGUGGGAGGAGAGGAGGACCAGGGAAGGGAAAAGGCCGUGUAGAGAAACGGUCGGGCUUCCUGAACACAUUUUUUUAAAGGAAGGUUGCCUGUCUCGGUUGGAGAGCCUGUUGUGUAAUUAAUGAGUUGAGUGCUGGCUUCAGGGAAAGGGGGAGGCAGAGCUGUAGAUGGAUGAGAUGACAUUUAAAGGUGAUACACGCAGCAGGGCUACAGGUAAGAAGCACGGAGCUUUGGAAGUGCGUGGCAAGCCGGCGCAAGGGUGUCUGCCUGUGUGGGGGUGGGACUGGGGAGCCUACCUGCGGGAACCCUGGUGCAGCUACCCCCCGGAAACACGGCAGGGGAAAUUAACCUUCAGUAUCCUUACGCAGUGAGCGGUGGGCCUGUGGGCACAUCUCUGCAGUCCCGGUAGCAAACUGUUGCACGUUAAGCCAGGCAGGGGCUAUCCCUGCGCCUGAGCCCGUGAACACUCCGCCAACCAACCAAGCGUUCUUUUUUUUGUGGAGCUUGCAGUCUUCUGCGAUUUUUGCCCACACCGCACCCCAGUCAGUUGGGCUUGGCAUUCAGCAUGGAGCUGGUGGCCGUCUCUGGCCUGCAGAGGGAUCUGCUAUGGUUUCAGGUGCUGAGUCCCUGACCGAGGACCCUAGAACAGUUCGAUCUGAGAGGCCUGGGAAGACCCUCCAGCCCAUCCUGCCACGUAACAGAGAAGGGGACUGAAGCCCAGGCCCUGGCUGGGAGGCUCCGUUGGUUAGAGCGUCGUUCCGAUAUAUACCAAGGUCGUGUGUUCCAUCUCUGGGCAGGGUACGUACAAGAAACAACCAGCAAGUGCGUGAAUGAGUGAAAAACAAACUGAUGCUCGCUCUCUCUCUCUCUCGAAAAUCAAUUAGAAAAGAAAAGGAACUGAGGCCCAAAGAGGAGGAAUUGUAAUCCUGGUGGAAGAACCAGGCUGGAACCCAGAACUCCUGAUUCCUAGGCCUGAUUCCUGACUUCCUGUCCCCAUGUUGCCUUUAAUUUCCAACCUGCGCAGUUCUGUUCCCCUGGCCAUGGGAAGCGCCACUGCCUUCCAUUCACUGCUCUGCCAGACCACCCAGUGACAUUCCUGCAGGACCUGGCCCCUCACACUUGCUUCCUCCUGGGGUCUUGCUCUUAGACCAGGGCUUUAUGGCCCUGCACGCUGCCACCACACACUGCUCUGGUCAUGCCACUCUGGACAGUUUCCCAGGCCAGCUCUUCUACCCAAGUGCCCUUGACUCCCUCAGGUGCUGCCUCUGCCCACUGUGGCUGGUGCACCCACCCCACAUCCUCCCUUUCUUAUGCCUCAGUGGUGGUCCAAAUGAUUCAGGAUCUUGUUCAAAGAUCUGGGUUCAAAACCCUGUGGGCCCUUUAUGGCUGAGCCACUUAAGGUAAUGUCUCUCUGUCUUAGUGGUUAAAAUCUAUGUUGCAGGGGAAUUAUAUUUUCCUUAUUCAUAAAAUACAUGUCUCAGGGAAAUUAAGCAGAUGAUUGAUGUAAGUGCCUUUCACAGGCACGUAGGAGGUGCUUGGUCACUGGUAAUUCUGGCUCUUGCCA